CACUGUUGUGGCUAGUCCUUAUUGUGUCUAGCGUCAUACAGGUCUAUUUACGAACGGGGAAAUAACGGGGAACUGGGAGUGAAAAAAGUACCGUUUUGGAAUUACGACUUUGUGGAAAAUAUGGAGUUUCUCAUAGGAAGCCCCUUCUCUUCUCCUGUUGGACAACGAAUUGAACGAGCCACCAGCGCCGCGCUGCAUGCAGAGGACUGGGCCCUUAACAUGGAGAUAUGUGACAUCAUCAACGAGACAGACGAAGGACCCAAAGAUGCAGUCAGAGCCAUAAAGAAGAGGAUUGUUGGUAAUAAGAGCUUCAGGGAGAUCAUGUUGGCUCUGACAGUUCUGGAGGCAUGUGUAAAGAACUGUGGCCACCGGUUCCAUGUUCUAGUGGCGUCCCAGGACUUUGUGGAGGGGGUUCUGGUCCGAGCCAUCCUGCCCAAGAACAACCCUCCCACCACCCUACACGACCGGGUGCUGAGCCUCAUACAGGCGUGGGCCGAUGCGUUCCGUAGCUCUCCCUCUCUGGGAGGUGUGGUCUGUGUGUACGAGGAUCUGAGGAGGCGGGGCCUGGAGUUCCCUAUGACUGACCUGGACGCCCUCUCCCCCAUCCACACCCCCCUCAGGAGCAUCCCAGAGAACGACUCCUCUGUUACAGUGCCAGCUCCACCACCUCAGAGUCAGACUCCCCGUGGCCCUGCUGCCUCGUCCCCUACCCAGGCUGCACUGACUGCCGUGCCCCCGCAACUCAGCGAGGGACCCAUCUCCAUCUCUCCUGAACAGGCCCAGAAGCUGAGAGUUGACCUGGCUCUGGUCAGGGGGAACCUGACUGUGAUGACUGAGAUGUUGAACCAGUUGACGCCUGGACAGAGCCAGCAGGAGGACUCGGAGCUACUGCAGCAGUUGUACCAGGUGUGCAGGGAGAUGCAGAGCCGUGUGGUGGAGCUGAUCCCCAGGCUGCUGGACGAGGGCCUCAUAGAGGAGCUGCUGGUCGUCAACGAUGACUUAAACAAUGCCUUCCUCCGCUACGACAGGUUUGACAGACUCAAUAAGGCCCAGAGAACAGCUACAGAGCAGCAGACUCCUGCCAGGGCCAACCUCAUUGACCUCAGCCCUGUGCCCCAGUCCCUCAGCCAACCAGAAACCACCUCUGUGGCCGCCAGCCAACCCGCAUUCAGCGCUCCCUCCAAUCAGAGGCAGGCAGCCAACCACACCUGUCUCUGUGCGUCAGGUGCACCAGAGGAGGAUGAGUUUGACAUGUUUGCCCAGACCAGGGGCAGCUCUCUGGCCGAUCAGAGGAAGAGUAUGCGGUACGAAGACCCAGGAGCAGUGGAAGGACUGGCUGGAGCCCUGGACACCAGGUUACAGGUCACUGGAGCGAUUCCUUCGUCUAAGCCUGGCCCUAAGAACUCCACCCUGGAAGACAUUGACAGAUGUCUGUCUGCGGACACAGAAACGCAACCAGAGGCUGGGGACAGGGAAGGGCUGACCAGUGAGGAGUUUGACAAGUUUCUGGAGGAAAGGGCGAAGGUGGCCGACCACAUUCCCUCAACACACAGCCUGCCCCCCGUCUCGUCCAGGCCCCCGCCACAAUCCGCCCGGCCACAGGAGAGCUCCCAGGACCAGCUUUUCUCACUCUGAGAGAACAGCGCACGCGCAGCAGAGGUGGACUCACAGGUGGACACAUAGGAUGAAUACGCACAGUGCCUUGCUACCUUUUUAAUCAUAGUGUUUCUACUUUGAAAUGAAGUUGCUGUAGUUAAAGUCUAUGACAUGAUGACAAUCGGUUAUGUUGUGGUGGCACUUUACCUUAUCAAUGUGUGUAUAUAUAUAUAUAUAUAUAUAUAUAUCACCUGAGUAUGCGUGCUUGGUUACACACACACACACUGCAUGGUGGUAUUUGUAAAUUUUUUAUUGAGUCUUUAUUUAACUAGGCAAGUCAGUUAAGAACAAAUUCUUAUUUUCAAUGACUGCCUACACCGGCCUAAACCAGACUCCCAAUCACAGCCGGUAUUGAUACAGUCUGGAUUCGAACCAGGGGGUCUAGUGACGCCUCUAGCGCUAAGAUGCAGUGCCUUAGACCGCUGCGCCACUCGGGAGCCCCCCUCGGGUAUCACAUCAUUCAAAAGCCUGAGGGUACAAAACAUUAAGAAUACCUUCCUAAUAUUUACCCCCCCCCCCCUCAGAACAGAGCAAAUUUGUCUGGGCAUGGACUCUUCAAGGUGUUGAAAGCGUUCAACAGG